UGCAACGUCGAAGAAAGUUAAGAUUUCAUAAGAAACACUAAACAAUACAACUACAAAAUGUUCAGCGCAAAAUACUUGGUCGUUGUAGCUUUGCUGGUAUUCUGCUUGUUCUGCCAAGAGGCUGUGGAGGCACACUUCCUCGGCAAAGUUGGACAGGAUGUGCACAAGGUCGCACAAAAGGUCGAUAAGGUGGCUAAGACUGUUGAGAAAGCAAGGGGUGCAAUUGCCGUUGGUACUGCUGUAGCUGGAAUUAUUGGCGGAGCUGCUGCUAUUGCUUAAAUAACUACUGAUGGUGGAGUCACGCUGUUUUUCAAAUGCCAUAAAAUUUAUAUUUCCUUAAAAUGAAUAAAAUACAAAAAAGAGCACAAAAA